CAAUGUCAGAUGGGUUGCACAAAUUAAAUUCCCCUCCUCGUCGACGACGACGGGUCAGCCAAGCCCGGACGCACUAAACAAUCGUUUUCUGUGUGUUUUAUGUCCUUUUUAACCCGAUCCUUCCAUCGGCUGUCCAGAAUGUCGAAAUACAGCGGCCAAAACCUUGGCUCCCUUUCGCCGGCCGAGAUCAAGCAGUGGCUCGAUUCGAUCGACACGGUGCUAACGGACUGCGACGGGGUGAUCUGGGUGGACAACAACCCACUGCCCGGGGCGCCCGAGGUGAUAAAUCGUUUCAUUGCGAACGGCAAGAAGCUGUUCUUCGUGACGAACAACUCGACGAAAACGCGCCCGGAAUUUGUGGAGAAAGCGGUCAAGCUUGGCUUUAACGUGACUAUCGACAACAUCAUAUCGACUGCGUACCUGGCAGCACAGUACCUGAAGAGUGUGGGCUUCUCCAAGACCGUGUACACGAUCGGUUCGACGGGCAUCACCAAGGAGCUGGACGCCGUUGGCAUACGGCACAUCGGCAUCGGGCCGGACACGAUCCAGGGCAGUCUGGCGGACACUGUCGCCAGCUUUGUGCCCGAUCCGGACGUCGGUGCCGUGAUCGUUGGGUUCGAUGAGCACUUUAGCUUCGUCAAGAUGAUGAAAGCGGCCUCGUAUCUGAACAAUCCGGACGUUAUAUUCAUUGGCACGAACACGGACGAGCGGUUCCCGAUGCCGGACCGGGUUAUACCCGGCACGGGCAGUAUCGUGCAGGCGAUGGUGACCUGCUCCGAGCGGGAACCGAUCGUGAUGGGCAAACCGAAUCCACACAUUUGCGAGAUCAUCCGCCGGGAGUACAAUGUAGAUCCGGCCCGUACGCUCAUGAUUGGCGAUCGGUGCAAUACGGACAUUUUGCUGGGGAAGAAUUGUGACUUCCAGACGCUGCUGGUCGAAACGGGUAUACACAAGGCGGAGGAUAUAGUAAAGUACGGACAGUCGGAGGAUCCGGCGGUGAAGGCACUGGUGCCGGAUGUGUAUCUACCUAAGCUGGGUGACUUACUGCCGUAUCUGUGAUGAGGGGGGGAUGGCUGAGAGGUGCUUGGAAGUGCUGUAAGAUUGUUUCAGCAUGAGAUGGUGCGAAAGUGUAACCGUUGUUUUAAACAAUUGGUUCGUGAGAGUGUUGGAAAAAAAAAUACCUCAAUAAAUGUGCGCUUUUUGCAAAAUGGGUAACAACAAAAAAAUCGCCCAUAAACUA